AUGCUGAGCACAGGGCUACUGGUACUGCUCGGACUCGCAGGGUCUUUGUGGGCUCAGCAUGUUCCGCCUACGGUGGUCAUCAAUCUUGACCUGAGUCCAGAGCAGCGAUGGAAACCUUUGCAGGAUGUGUUUGAUAUAAAUUCUCUGAAAAAAGCCGCAGGUAUCCUUAUGAGUACACUGAUUCCAAAAUGGAUGCAUCAAGCUUUCGGCCCUCUUAUCAAAUCCCUGGAAAAACAUGUUUCCCACCCUUACAUUGAGGAAAUCCAUGGGAUAGCCAGAUGGACUAAAAUAAACCCUGCAGACAUCUUGAUUCUCAAUUAUGCAUAUGAAUUUACAGCCUACUGCACAAGCAUUGUGGCACAGGAUAGAAGGGGCUACAUAUACCAUGGGAGAAAUUUUGAUUAUUCAUAUCCAGUUCUGAGGGAUCUAACCAUGAAUGUAGUCUUCUUUAAGAAUGGAAAGGCAGCAUACUGUGGAACAACAUUUGCUGGUUACGUUGGCUUGUGGACGGGCAUGAGCCCCUACAAAUUCACUGUCUCUGGCAACCAGCGAGAAUCUGAGGCCCUGUUGAAUAUGUUGAAGAACGACAUAUCUGCUUUGCUGUCCGACGGUUUACCAGCUAGUUGGGUUAUGAGGGAGACCCUGGAGGAGGCCAGGGACUUUCAGGAUGCAGUCUUGCGUCUGUCAAAACCCCCCCUUACCACUGGGGUGUAUUACAUCGUUGCUGGGGUGCGAGCAGGGGAGGGGGUCGUCAUCACCAGAGAUCGAAAGGGCCCCGCUGACAUCUGGCCCCUGGACCCAUCAACCGGAGGAUGGUACAGAGUGCAGACGAACUUUGACCACUGGCUUCCUCCUCUGCCUUCAGACCGAAGAAGGGAAGCAGCCAUGGUAGCACUGAAUAAAAUAGGUCAGGCUUCCAUCAACAUGAAAAAACUUCAUCAGGUUUUGGCAUUGUCUCCUGUGUGCGACAGAAAAACGAUCUAUACAACACUAAUGAGUGCAGCAUACCCCAGAGAAUACACCACACUUAUCAUAGAUAAGGGCUGUCAUCGACCAUCAACCUAACUGACAACCAGGGAGCAAAGAAUAUCUGAAGACUGCCUUUGCUGAUUCUUUAAUACA